CGCUGUGGUCGGUUUGUAUCCCAUUGUAACUUCCUGAUCUGCACGUUCCUGUGUGGCCGUGAAGAUAGUGUCUGUUCUUGUCAGAUUCAGCAUGGCUCAACUUCAUGAAGAAUUCCUCUAGUUAGUCCUCAAUUUCCUUUUCAGUCUUACAUCACCGAGAUAACCAAUGUCCACUGAAAAUCAGGAGGCCCAGGAGGAUGAACUGCUAGCACUCAGUAGUAUAUAUUCUGAGGAUGAGUUUAAGAGAGCCGACACUGCUCCAGGAGGGGAAAUCCAAGUGUGUCUGGAACUUCCUCCAAAUUUUAAAAUAUCUGUUAAAUCCAACUCAGCAGCAAACAGCAUAGUGGAGAGCUUUGAAGGAACCGUUUUAUUUCUACCACCAAUUGUUUUGAACUUUGAACUUCCUCCGGGAUAUCCCUCCACUACCUGCCCCAUAUUCACACUCAGCUGCAAGUGGCUUUCAUCAAAACAGCUUACGCUUUUGUGCCAGCAUUUAGAUGAUUUAUGGGAGGAAAAUGGAGGAUGUGUCGUUUUGUUUGCUUGGAUGCAGUUUCUUAAGGAGGAGACUCUUGAGUACUUGAACAUAAAAUCACCUUAUGAAAUUCAACUUCACAAUAAUGGAACACACACCUUGAUGAAGACCCAUGAAAAAGCAAGUCACUGCGUAGCCACACCUGAAGAGGGAGCAGUUGACAGACGUGCUAUCCAAGAUGUCCAAUCAGUGUCUGCCCUUACCAAACACAUAUUGAAUUUUAAUGAGAAUCAACAAAAGAAAUGUUUUGACAGCAAACCAUUCUUAUGCAAUAUCUGUUUCUCUGAGAAGCUAGGCAGUGAGUGUACAUAUUUUAAGGACUGCAGUCAUGUUUACUGUAAUAGCUGUCUUAGAGACUACUUUGAAAUUCAAAUCAGGGAUGGAGAGGUCCAUGCACUUAAUUGUCCUGAGCCCAAGUGCACAUCAGUCGCUACACCUGCCCAGGUAAAGAUGCUGGUGGGAGAACAAUUGUUCAGUCGCUAUGAUCGUCUCCUCUUGCAAUCUACUUUGGACUUGAUGAGUGAUGUUGUUUAUUGUCCUCGCCCAAGCUGUGAGACCCCUGUAAUGCAAGAGCCAGGGGAUCCGAUGGGUAUUUGCUCAAGCUGUCAGUAUGCUUUUUGUACUCUUUGUAGGAUGACUUACCAUGGAGUUUCCCCAUGCAAGUUAACAGCAGAGAAGCUACUUGCAUUGCGUGAUGAAUAUUUGGCUGCAGAUGAGGAUGGUAAGAAAUUUCUGGAGAAAAGAUAUGGGAAGCGAGUACUCCAGAAGGCAGUGGAAGAACUGGAGAGUGUGGAAUGGCUAGAGCAGAACUCCAAGCCAUGUCCUCGCUGUGGAACCUACAUUCAGAAAAUUGAUGGUUGCAACAAAAUGACAUGCACUGGGUGUAAACAGUACUUCUGCUGGCUGUGUAAGAACAUGUUGUCCAGAGGAAGUCCAUACGACCACUUUAAUGACCCCUCUUCAGGCUGUUUUAAUCUCUUGUUUCGUGGAGUUAACAUGGAUCAGGAUUUUUUUGACGAAGAAGAAGACUGACAUGCAGGAGAUUGGAGAUUCAACCAAAAAGUCACUUUAUUUGCACAGAAAAGAAUGUUGCUCAUAUAUAUUUUCACAUGAAUACAAACGUUAUUAUAAUUGUUCGAAUUAGGCUAAAAACACUGGAAUCAUCUGAUAAAUGUAGAUGUUUUCCUUUGUCUUAAAAAUGUGUCCUGAUGACUUUAGAAGAUUUUGGCCUUUUUUUUUCAAAACAAAGUUAACCGAUAGCCGACAGUCAGAGUUAUUUUUUUCAUGUUCUAAAACAAGCAAUAAAGUGAUAUUGGUUGCACUUAAAGGAUAGACAAGCAAACAAACAGUCAUUAAAUACCGCACUUUAUUGUUGCAAGUGUCUGAAUAAAAAUACUGCGUUGCCAACAGAA